AUAAAUUUGAGCGCCGUUGAGGGACUAUCAUGUUUCGGAUAGUAUUAUUUCUUCUAAUUCCUAUUGUUUCUACGGAUGUUACUGAGAAAUUUCUAACGAAAAUACAACAAGAAAAUGUUGAUAUUAUAUUUAUAUUUGAUCGGUCGAAUUUAUCAUCUAAAAACAAAUUCUACAUAAAUCAAAAGCCAUUAGUUAAGAUAUUUAUAAGAAGUUUUAUGAAAAUCAGUGAAAAAUAUUCUCAUGUCGGUAUUAUAUCAUAUGGAAGAGACGUUACAAUUGAAUUUGAUGGAAUUUCAAAAAAUACAAACACCAGCAAAUGUUUUCUUGUUGAUAAUGAACAAUUUUGGAAUAAUAUUGAAUAUUCAAAAUCUCCAAAUUCCAACAAUGGAUCCGUUUUACAUGAAGCUCUUCAGGCAGCUAUAGAUAUUUUUGAGAUUGCUAAAACUGAUAGUUCACCUAGAUCUCGUAUCAUCUUUCUCUUCUCCAACGGAGUCCUGAAAGAGGACGAACAAUUAGUAAACAGUAAAUUUAAUAAACUAAAACAAUCAACAAUAGACGUUUUUGUAGCUGGUAACGAAGGGGGAAGUGGUUUGGCGGUAAACGAUGGUGGAUACGGUCGAAUUGCCUUAUGGGAGAACAGGCUUGAUCAAAAGCUUACAAUGACAAUUGGUGAUAAAAACAACCAUGACAAAAAAUAUAGUAGUGUACCAUACAAAAAGGACUGCCUAAAAGACAAUGAAACACCGUUGUGUAACGUUAUUUCGGGAUAUUCGUCUUGUCUGUGCUCGGCAGGCUAUUAUCGCAAAGAAUUCGAUUGUUCAAAGUGCGAAGUUAACACCUUCAAGGAAACUAUUGGAGACGGAAAAUGUAUUAGCUGUCCUCCUGGAUACGGUACUAGUUCUAAAGGUUCAACGAAAGGAAGCGACUGCAAAUGUUUGGAGGUCAACACGUGCAGAGGGAGUUGCGACAAUAAAAUAUGUAAGAACGGAAAAUGUAAUCUAGGAAGUUGCGUUUGUAAUGAAGGAUAUACAGGAGAGACUUGCGAAGAGAAGAUAAACUACUGUUCAACUAAUCCAUGUAAAAAUUAUGGACAAUGUAAAAGUCUAUUUUUUGGACCAUUUUGCUAUUGUAUUAAUGAUUAUGAAGGUGAAUUCUGUCAAAAUAGUAUUAGUGAAUGUGGAAAUGAUUUAUGUGCCCCAGGUUUCAGUUGCUUAGAUAAAAUUUAUGGAUACGAUUGUAUUAACACAUCGUUGAUAAUGACAUCAACAAAGCUUCCGAAAGAAGAGGACAAUAAUACAUCAAUACAAUUUUUAAUAAUUAUCAUCUGUGCUCCUAUUGGCGUUUUGUUCGUCAUUUUGAUUAUAAGUAUCAUUGGAUUUCAAAUAUGGAAAAGGAAGAGAAGGGUUAUAUUACGCUCUAGAUAUGCCCAAAAUACACAUGGACAAAAGUCUCCUCCGCAACUGCCACCACGAAUGCCAGGGAAUAUUUUUUCGGAGGUUUCCAAAAUUGCGGCUAGAACUACUACAAGUGUUAAGCGAACAUACAGAAGAGUUUCUGAUUCUGUUUGGAGGGUAAGAAGUAGAAAGGAUGAAAUGGAUGAUGUUUACGCAAACAAUCCAACGACAUCUACGAAAUUAAGUCACAGAGUUCCACCUCCACCUCCUCCCCCUAAAAAUAAAUCAGCUGUUCCAGACUCUAUCUAUUCAAACUUGCCUUGCUUUCGAAACUUUGAAAGCUGGUUGCCGUUUUUCGAAGAAACAGUUGAUUUUUCAAGAGUAUCCAUGCUGGGCGUUAUAAAGACUUCGACAGAAUAUAUAUUAGAUACUUUGCCCUGUCCAACUGAAAAGGAUAUAGCAAGUCUUCGAAGCGCAAUGGAGCAAAAGAGAAAUGGUCUUAUUACAGUUCUUAAACACUCGUAUAUAAUAUCGUCAAAUAACGGAACUGAAAUGCACAUGAACGCCAAAGGAACUAAUAAUAGAGCUCAAAUUCUUUAUAUAAUUAAAGCAUCAUCGUAUUUCAUCUUAUCAGGAACAACACGGAAUAAUUUUUCAACAGAAUGUCUUCAAAAAGCCAAAGAAAUAGCAUCUCAUCUAGCAGGUUUUGAAAAAUGA